GAGAAAAAGGUUGGAACUAACACAAGACAAACGCAGUCUUUGAUACAUUUUACAUUCACUUCAACCAAAACCACUUCUCUCUCUCUCUCUCUCUCUUCACAUGACUCGUCCUUUUAGGCUCCUUGGCGCCGCCAACUCCUCGGCCACUACUGAGCCGCCACCUGAACAAGCGGCAACCGUCGACUCCGACUUCGUCGUUAUCCUUGCAGCCCUCCUAUGUGCCCUUAUUUGCGUCCUCGGUCUCAUUGCUGUCGCUCGUUGCGCCUGGCUUCGCCGUCUCUCCGGUGCCUUUGCUCCCAAUCCCUCUGCUUCAUCCCGUCCCACCCCUCCUGCUAACAAGGGCCUUAAGAAGAAGAUCCUCAAGUCCCUCCCUAAGGCUACCUUCUCACCUGAUUUCUCCGCGAAAUUCUCCGAUUGCGCGAUUUGCCUCACGGAGUUCGCCGCAGGGGACGAAAUCCGGGUUCUUCCACAGUGCGGCCAUGGCUUCCACGUCGUCUGCAUCGACACCUGGCUGGGCUCCCAUUCUUCAUGCCCUUCCUGCCGUCAGAUUCUGGUUGCCAGGUGCCAAAAGUGUGGGGGUUUACCCGGCCCGGGGGCUUCAACUUCCGGAACUAACACUGAGGCUAGAUUGAAAGAGCGUGAAGAUGAUGUGAAUAGAUUCCUGCCCUAGCCAACCCAAGCCACCUUCUGGGCUCCUCCAUUUUUUUUCUUUCUUUUCCAAGUGAAAUCAUGUUAGGUUAGGUUUUUCAUUAGCUAAUUACCUCCGCCAAUGAUUAUUAUUAAUACCACUACUAUUCCUAAUAGGAACAUUUAGGUUUUGAUUGAUUUGAAUUGUAUGUAAUAGUAUUUGAUUUGGUGUAUUUAUGUAUGUAAAGUUGAACAGA